UUUACAUAGAACUGCCACCUCAGCCUCAACCCGGACAGUUCAGGUCACAGAAAGGGGAACUGGACUGCAGGCCUGGAAGCCAGCCUGCACAAUGCCUGCCUGGGGAGCCCUGUUCCUGCUCUGGGCUGCCGCAGAAGCCACAAAGGACUGCCCUGCACCAUGCACCUGCCAGGCCCUGGAAACCAUGGGGCUGUGGGUGGACUGCAGGGGUCGAGGGCUCACAUCCAUGCCUGCCCUGCCAGCCCACACCCGCCACCUCCUGCUGGCCAACAAUAGCCUUCGUUCUGUGCCUCCCGGCGCCUUCGACCACAUGGUCCAGCUGCAGACACUUGACGUGACACAGAACCCCUGGCACUGUGACUGCAGCCUCACCUACCUGCACCUCUGGCUGGAGGACCACACACCAGAGGCCCUGCUGGACGUCCGCUGUGCCAGCCCCAGCUAUGCCACCCUCCACCCACUGGGCCAGCUCACAGGCUAUGAGCUGGGCAACUGCGGCUGGCAACUACAGAAACCUUGGGCCUAUCCAUGGGUCUGGUGGGAUGUGGCACUGGUUGUUGUGGUCAUAAUGGGCCUGGCUCUCUUGGCAGGUCUACUGUGCACUGCCAGAGAGCCCCUGUUCCUAGGGUCGUUCUUCAGGCCAAGCGGCCAGGCCUGAGCCCCUGUCCAGACUCCACCAGCCCUGAUCAGCCAGUUCUACCAGUAACUUGAAAUAAACUGGCUGCUCAGUCA